UAGGCAAUUUUUUUUAUGUAAAUGGGUUAUAUAGAUCAUAAAUGUCUAGGUCAUAUUUAUAAAUUCAGGAAAGGUAUGUUUACACUCAUGCACUUUCCGUUUCAAUUUUCAAUUCAACAUGCGUUUCAACAUUCAAUUCCACUUUCACCAAGUGCAUGCCUUUAAUGAAUGCUUCAGAUGCAUGCUUUUUUCUGUUCACACCAGCGACGUCAAAGUAGUCACCUUCCAGCAUUUUAAUAAAAAUCAUGUCGGAUUCAAAUCUACUUCUCGGUGUCAGUGCGGCCUACUUAAUUAUUGCGAGUGCAAAUAAAAAACGUAGGAAAAAGCGUUCAUUGUGGGUUAAAAAUUAUUUAAAAAAUCGAAAUUUCGGAAUUAUAGAUGAUUUGCAAUUAGACGAAGAUAUUUUAUUUAGAAAUUUUACGCGAAUGUCUCAAGCCAAUUUUUACUCAAUAUUAAAAAUAAUUGAACCCGAAAUAGUAAAACAAAACACUCGUUUCAGAGAGGCCGUUCCAGCUAAAAUUAAGUUAUUAAUAACGCUAAGAUAUUUAGCUACAGGAGAUUCGUUUUCCUCUUUAAUGUACCUGUUUAAAGUCUCCAAGCCAUUUAUAUCGACUAUGUUGCCCACGGUAUUGAAAGCUAUAAUAAAUGCUCUACAGAAUUAUAUAAAGCUUCCCUCAAGUGACCAAGAAUGGAAAUCUAUCUCAAAUGAAUUCAACAAGCUAUGGAAUUUCCCUCACUGUUUCGGUGCUAUUGACGGCAAACACGUCGUAAUUCAAAAACCGGAAAAUACGAUAAGUGAGUUUCACAACUACAAAGGAACAAAUAGUAUUGUUUUAUUAGGAAUAGCUGAUGCUAACUAUCGUUUCUUAUACGUUAACGUUGGAUGCCAAGGCCGAAUUUCAGACGGAGGUGUCUUCAAAAAUACUUCAUUUUAUAAGAAACUCGAAAAAAAUGAACUUAAUUUACCAGAAAAUGAACCACUACCUGGUCGUACGUUGUCACUUCCUUAUGUUUUAGUAGCUGAUGAUGCUUUUCCAUUAACUGAACAUAUUAUGAAACCAUACAACACAGACUUAAACAAAGGUUCUCCAAAAAGAGUAUAUAAUUACAGAUUGUCCAGAGCGCGUCGAAUAAUAGAAAACACAUUUGGGUUACUUUCUUCCGUGUUUAGAGUUUUCCGCAAGCCAAUAGAAAUCAAAGUUGAAGAUACAAUAAUUAAUAUUGUACUAGCUUGUGUUUACCUUCACAAUUUUUUAAGAGUGCAACCAGAUUCUAGACAAUUCUAUUCAACGUCAGGGUGUUUCGAUAGUUAUGAUACAAGUACAGGGGAAAUUAUUCCUGGAUCGUGGAGAGAAAUCACUUCUGGUGACACUGGUUUGAGGCCAUUUCGAUCAAUUCCACGAAGACCAGCGACAACCGCAAAAAACGUCAGAGAAGAAUUUAUGUCAUAUUUUAUGUCCGAAAUUGGGUCAGUACCAUUUCAGGACAUAUACUUAUAAAUAAAUACACCAGCAAUUGAAUUGUAAAAA